GCAGCAUCAGUAGCACAGAGCCAGCCUCCGACCAGACUACGUUUUCCUGCUUGCACAUUUUUUUUUUCUAAGGUUGGGAUUACGCACAGGGCCAGCAAAUAAAGAGAACCAAAACAAAACACACGGUCUUUCACUGUGCAUGAGCAUCUCAGGCUCGCGCUGAUUCCCGUGAAAAGAGGACAAAAACAGAGCAGAAUGUCAGCCAGAGGAGGAAAGAAGAAGGCCACCAAGCUGUCCCGUUCAGCCAGGGCAGGUGUCAUCUUCCCCGUGGGGAGAAUGAUGAGGUAUCUGCGCACUGGCACGCACAAAUACCGCAUUGGUAUGGGGGCGCCCGUCUACAUGGCAGCUGUCAUUGAGUACCUGGCAGCGGAGAUCUUGGAGUUGGCAGGAAACGCAGCCCGGGACAACAAGAAAGGCAGAAUAACUCCCAGGCACAUCAAGCUUGCUGUGGCUAAUGAUGAGGAACUCAACCAGCUUCUGAGGGGGGUGACCAUAUCAAAUGGAGGAGUUCUGCCUCGGAUCCAUCCAGAGCUGCUCUCCAAGAAGAGAGGAAGCCGGGUGAAAGUGGACAGCCAGGCAUCUGUCCCAGAGAAGCAGGAGGGACGCUCAAAGGGCAAGAAACCCAUCAAAUCACCCAGAAAGGUUAAAGGCAAACGAGGCCGCAAGCCAAAGAACACUGACAACGACAAAGAGUCCGUACCAAACUCCACAGUGGAAGAUGGUCCUGGAGAUGGAUUCACCAUCCUGUCAGCGAAAAGCCUGUUCCUGGGACAGAAGCUUUCACUAACAGAGAGUGAACUCAGCAAAAUUGGAACCAUCAAGGUGGAGGCAAUAAUUAACCCAACAAAUGCAGAGAUGGACCUUAAAGACGGAGUGGGCAACGCACUGGAGAAAGCUGGAGGCCGAGAGUUCCUGGAAGGAGUUAAGGAGCUGCGGAAAGCACAGGGGCCUUUGGAGGUAGCAUCAGUGGCAGUGAGCCAGGCCAGUGGGAUGGCAGCCCGCUUCAUCAUCCACUGUAACAUCCCUCAGUGGGGUUCAGAGAAGUGCGAGGACCAGCUGGAGAAGACGGUGAAGAACUGCCUCUCAGCUGCAGAGGAGAAGAAGCUCAAGUCCGUGGCAUUCCCUUCACUUCCUGCUGGACGAGGCACCGGUAAUGAGUGGAUGGAAGUCCCUCUGCUGUUUCCUGCUGAAGUCCACAAUCACUUCCUUUGUUUUGCUGAUGUUCAGCAGGAGGUGGUUCUCCCCGCCCCAGUCCUCCAGGAAUGGAUUCCCAAAGCAGACGGCUGCUCAGCUCAUCCUCAAGGCCAUCUCCAACCAUUUCGUGUCGUCCACCAGCUCCUCCCUGAAAAACAUUUACUUUGUUCUGUUUGACAGCGAGAGCAUUGGAAUAUACCUUCAGGAGAUGGCCAAGCUGGAUGCGAAGUGAGGAUUCCUAGUUUUAGGGGGUUUGUUUUUCUAAUUGUUGUUCGUCACUGAUGGCGUAGGUAGGUGACACGGCAGCAGCGGGGUUUUGAUGUGGAAUGUUUCUUGGUUAAAGAGGAAAACAAUGUUUGUGCGUGGAGUGCUGUUCAUAUUUAUGUUCCUCUGUCCUUUCAAAAAAGAUUCUUUAUAGAGUAGAUAUUUUCAGUCCAUGCAGUUACGGCUCCUUGUUUCACUGAUGUUUUUACAUUCCGUGUACAAAUAUAACAGUUUUUUCCUGGCCUCUGUAGUUUCUGAUACAGUUAGUUUACUAAAAAAUAAAAAAAAAAAUGUGGUUCUCAUUCUGCUUUAAAAUAAAACAAAGAUGUUUUACACCAGA